AGCGAGCGCAGACGGGAACGUCAGGGAAAAGUGGAACAAGGCGGAGAAAGUGUGUAGUUAGUGCGGAUACCUUGCUAGAAGUGUCGUAACUGAUGACGGUGUAGUGUCCACAGGGAAGUCGAGGCGAAAAGAUAAGACGAAAAGUUUAUGGAAUUAUACCCUCUCCACAAUUGCUUACUUUGACAAAACAAGGAUUAUUACAGCCUGAAGACAAGUAGUACGGUGGGCCAUGCAGAGCCAGCCUGUGUCCCUGCAGAGGUGAGCUCCAGCACCAGCCAACGUUUUCACCGUGAUGGCAGCAGAGCGGGAUGGGCGGGGGUGUGAGCUGCCCAUCGCCCCGGGCCAGGUGUACAUCGAGGUGGAGUAUGACUACAAUUACAAGUCCAAGGAGCGUCAGGUCUCCAUUCACCAGGGAGAGUGUUACAUGUUGGUGAAAAAGACCAACGGGGACUGGUGGCAGGUCAAGAAGGAGGAGGGGGCCAAGGCGUUCUAUGUCCCAGCGCAGUACGUCAGGGAGGUCCGCAGGGCCCUCAUGCCGCCUCCCAAGCCCCUGCACCUGGGGCAUCACCGUGGGGGGAGCGGGGGAAACCCUGUGCGGGUCAAACCCAUCGUCCUGGAGAUGGACAGAUCUAACGAGAGCCUGAAUGUGACCAGUUUCAGUCGGCCCUCUCCCUCCUCACCUUCUCCCUCCUCCUCGUCGGGGGCAGCCCUCACCCCUCCGAGGCAGCACAGGGACAGGGAUGCCAACCAGAACCCUGGUAGAGACCCUGGUAGCCCCACUUACUACGACAGGGCCUUGGUAGAUGUCCUCCAAAACACUCACGCUCCUGGACGGGGAUGUAACACGCUGCCCCGUGCCCGUGCAACCUCCCCUGAGCUCCGCAGGGCGCCCCUGGAUGUGGACAUGCCUCCGGGGCACUGUGACUCGGAGGGGUCGGAGAGACGCAACGACUCAGAGUCUGGAGAUGAGCUGAGCAGCGGUUCUAGUGAACACUUGCAGACUGUCUCUCUGUCGGGCCAGGGUGGUCGUCCUGAGUCUCCUGUCUACACUAACCUGCAGGAGCUGAAGAUCUCUGGGACCAGCCUGCCCCCCGACCCCUCCAACUUCCCACAGCAUGUCCUGGGGGACUGGGAGGCCCACAAGGACCAGAGCGGCAGACAGUUCUACUUCAACCGUUCCACCCAGGAGAGGACAUGGAAACCUCCCCGAGCCAGAGACGCCAGUAGUGGCAGCAGCCGGGGGGAAUCCCACAGCAAUAGCACUGGGGAGACGGAGACGACUCCGCCGCUCUCUCUCUCCCCGUCCUUCCUUCCUCUCCUCUCGCUGUCCAUUGGUCCAUUCCAGCCUCUGUUGUUGGAGGACAACUGCCACCGCACAUAUUCUAGCCAAUCAGACAGCCAGUACGGCUACCCGCCCCGGGGUUGGUCAGAAGAGCUGGAUGAGCAUGGACACACUCUGUAUGUCAGUGAUUAUACUAAUGAAAAGUGGAUAAAGCACGUGGAUGAACAGGGCAGACCAUACUACUACAGUGCUGAUGGCUCCAGGUCAGAGUGGGAGCUGCCCAAGUACCAACACUCCCCCCCUCUACCUGGUGGAGGAGACCGGACCCCUAAGAGCCACAGUCUGGAUAGGAAACAUGUGGAGCCCAUCGUCCUGACCAAGUGGGCAAACAGCAGCAACGUGCUGGACGCCAACGACAAGCGGCUCAUCAAAAACAUCAGGCGUUUCCGUACAGGCUCUGGUCGCCCCCACCCCUACAGACAGACACAAGACGGUGCGUUGGGCCCCAUGGUCCCUGGCUCUCCAGACUCUGCCUCCUCAGGCCCCUCGUUCCCCAAGCCCCCUACCUCCCCUUCAGAGAAGUGUGGUAUUCUCAACGUGACCAAGAUCACUGAGCAUGGAAAGAAAGUACGGAAGAACUGGACGUCCUCCUGGACGGUUCUCCAGGGCUCCUCGCUGAUAUUCGCUAAAGGCCAGGGGGGCGGGACCAGCUGGUUUGGAGGGAACCAGUCUAAACCAGAGUUCACUGUUGACCUGAGAGGAGGAUCUAUAGAAUGGGCUUCCAAGGACAAGUCCAGCAAGAAGCAUGUCAUUGAGGUGAAAACCCAUCAGAGUACAGAGCUGCUGAUCCAGUCAGAGAACGAGGGUGUCAUCAAUGACUGGUACAGGGCACUGAUGGACACCAUCAGCACACAUGCCUGGGAGUCAGAUGAGGCCAUAGAGGAGGACAUGCCAGAGUCUCCUGGAGCAGAGAAACAAGACAAGGAGAAAGAGCACAGAGACUCCAAGAAGAGCCGAGCCAUGAAGAGUUCCACCAGUAUGGACGCGUCGGACAACAAGAAGACCAGAAUCAAGCUGAAGAAGUUCCUGACACGUAGACCCACUCUGCAGACAGUCAGAGACAAGGGCUACAUCAAAGACCAGGUGUUUGGCUGCAGUCUGAGUGACCUCUGUCAGAGAGAGAACACGGCCGUGCCAAGCUUCGUCACGAUGUGCAUCGACCACGUGGAAGACAACGCUCUGAAUGUGGAUGGGCUGUACAGAGUGAGUGGGAACCUGGCUGUCAUCCAGAAACUACGCUUCGCUGUCAAUCAUGAUGAGAAGGUGAACCUGGAGGAAGGGAAGUGGGAGGACAUCCAUGUGAUUACAGGAGCGUUGAAGAUGUUCUUCAGAGAGCUGCCUGAACCCCUCUUCACAUAUGGAUUAUUCCAUGACUUUGUCAACUCCAUCAAGAUCCCAGACAACAAGCAGCGUGUCCAGUCCAUCAAGGAGCGGGUCAAACAGUUACCAAAACCCAAUCAGGACACUAUGCAGGUCCUCUUCAAACACCUCAGGAGGGUGAUUGACCACAGCGAGGAGAACCGUAUGACGACCCAGAGCGUGGCCAUAGUGUUCGGCCCCACCCUCCUCAGACCCGAGACAGAGACGUGGAACAUGGCGGUCCACAUGGUCUAUCAGAACCAGAUAGUAGAGCUCAUCCUGCUGGAGUACGAGGGCAUCUUUAGGUAGACAGCAAAGGGGUGACCUUUCCCCUGGGUACAGAUCUAGGAUCAGUUUCCCUUCCCACCCAAUCAUAACCUUAACCAUUAGUGGAGGAAAUGCUAAACUGACCCAAGAUCGGCGUCUAGGUGCAACUUCACCCUACACUGGUAGAGACUGGAGGUGAUGUUCACUUGGAACCACACGAAAGCUAACGGGAUGAAACGGAGAGGGACUUUGUGAACUUGUCCAAUAAGAAACACUUGUUUUCGUUUUACCUUGUCAAAUACUUCGUAACGUUGUGCUGUAAUGACUCCAACCCAGGCCUCCUCUCUGAACACUAUCACCACCAUGACUAUGCAGAGCUCUAAACCCAACCCAGGAGAGACCGGUCCAACUCACCUCCCUCUAACGCCUCAGAAUCCAUCUCCCGCCAACCAAACCUGUAAAACAAGGGACUUAUUAUACACAACCAAUAAACCCAAGUUGAGACUCUUAGCAGCCAACAUGGAAGAUGCUUCCCUCUCCUGCUCCUCUCUCCAUGGCUGCUUUGUGGGACAUUCUGCAAAAGCCAACAUCCAAUCCUGACUGUCCAUUCACAGGAUUACUAUGACCAUCAUAAAUGAUCCCUCUCCUCUAAAGUACAGACUCUCUCUCCUCAGUGAAGCAGUCCGUUCUACACACUGGCUGUGUCUGACGUGGCUCACUACUCACUAUGAAGUGCACUACUUCUGGCCAAAGGUAGUGCACUAUGUAGGGAAUAGGGAGCCAUUUUGGGACCAACUCAUGGUUUUACUUCAGCCAUCGUACUUCUCUGGUUUUCAGAAGAAAUCUUCUCCAAUCAGUCAGAUUUCAACUUGAAAAUACAGAACUGGUCCUCUGACUGAUGGUGAAUAAGGCAACCAUUAAUAAUAUGUACAGCUGUAGUGUGUUGUGUCAAAUGGCACCCUAUUCCCUUUGUAGUACACUACUUUUAACCAGAGCUCUGAUCAAAGGUAGUGCACUAUAAAGGGAAUGAACAGGGUAACAUUUUGGAUGCACCUCUGUGUGUGUGUGUGUGUGUGUGUGUGUGUGUGUGUGUGUGUGUGUGUGUGUGUGUGUGUGUGUGUGUGUGUGUGUGUGUGUGUGUGUGUGUGUGUGUGUGUGUGUGUGUGUGUGUGUGUGUGUGUGUGUGUGUGUGUGUGUGUGUGUGUGUGUGUGUGUGUGUGUGGGGAUAUGUUGUACAGAUGUUUGAUAGUAAUUAUGUCUCGACGGUGAACGUUAGAAACUUGGGGAAACAAUCACUAACGUAUUAAGAUUUGUUCCAUAACGUAGACUGAUUGUGUAAAAAAAUAAUAAUAAUCAUCAUUUAGGGUUGAAAAAUUCAACUAACUUUCCUAAAAUUCCCAGAUUUCCCCCAAAUCACUGUUGGGAGGAUUCCCUGGAUAUUCUGCAUAUAUCACUCCUGAUCCAGGGAACAUUCCAAACAGGAUUUCUGGAAAACCUGGAGAAUUUGGGGAAAGUUACUGUCAUUUUGCAACCCAAGAACUACUUACUAUAUGACCUGGGGUUGUGGACGUUUACCUGAGUUGUAAAUGACACAUUCUGAAUGUAAUUAUUUUACAAACUAACUGCUGUUCAUGACUUCUUUGUCUAAUUGGAAUAAAGGCCUCCAUUGAGACCCUGUAAAACUCA